UUGAGGAGGUUGUAAAUAUUGUGAUGCUCUGUUUUGCCACAAAUUUGCAUCUAUUUUUGCUAGCCCAUCCAAAAGAAAACACAUAAACACAAUAUUCUAAUGGUAAUUUAUUUCCUCGUUUUGUCUAUUUUCAGCAGAACACCCCCCAGAAAGGCCUCUGAAGCAUCCUUUGCUGAGGUGGUCUGGUCCAAGUGAAUUUUGAAACAUCUCUGUGCUGAAGCUUUUGUGCACUUUUUCAAGGACUUGAAGCUUGAAGGGUCAUGAGAUAAUAAUAAUAACAUCUAGCUAAAAAAAAGGAAGCAGGUGAACAAGUCUCGGUGGUCGGCUAGAGGUCCUUCUCCCCUAAGGGGUCAACGAGAAAAACCCGAGGAAAAACCAGAAAAAAUCACCACCCAUUAGUCACAAUAAACUCCAAAGGCUGAAGUUGAAGCUUUUGCUGCUGCUGAUGUUGGAAGGUGGUGGUGAAAACAAGGAAUAUCAAGUGUUUACCGGUUGAAUGAGUGGAGGAAGAAAAAAAAACUUGAGUCACCUUGCCCACCUGGUCAAAGAGGGGGUGGGGCAAAGUUCGCAGAGGAAAAUUGUGAUUUAUUUUAUAUCUGUGGAAAAGUGUUCCGUUUUUUUCUUCUUUUCAUUUUCUUUUUGGCCUUCGGCCUCCACGACAAAUGAGUUUUAAAAAGUGGGGCCAUUGAAGAAAGGGCCAAGGGGCGCAACGAAAAAAAAUUGCCAAGAAAGACGCGUGAAAAUAUAUAUCAUUAUUAAUGCCACUUUUUAUUUUGCCUAAUUUGUUACCGGUCCCCCACGUAGAACCCUCUUCGUCCCUAAUGAGGGCCAUAAAUUGACGCGAGCGGUGCUGGAGGAAAAACCGCGCGCCGGGGAAAAACAGUGUCGCGUGUCGCUGGGGGUGGAAAACAACUGCGAAACAAUGACGUCGGCGCCCUAACGAAGUCACAUUUAUCACACUUUUUUUCUGAGGAAGGAAGAGAAAUUAACAGUAUUCAAAUCAAAGAAAGUUUGAAAAAAGUUUCCCGAAAAAAACAACUCAGAAGAAAAGCAAAAAUGAACAAAAACAAAUCGCAACCCGGAAAUCCGGCCAAGAGGACACUGGAGCUCGGGGGCGGCCCCCGACCAGCCCGGCCAAGUCUCCCGGUGGGCCUGCUCCUCCUGGUGAUACUCAACGUAAACUGCAACUGGGGGGGUGCCCUCAUGGUACGGGCGGACCCCUCGUCACGAACUGGAAUUGAUCAUUCAGCAGCCGGCACCGCCGGAAGAGGCCCAGAUGAGCACGAGCAACGAGUGCAUCAUUACGGAAUCACCUCGUCGUCAUCGCUGCCCUCGCUCGGGGGAGCCGGGGUAGGAGGAGGAGGCACCGGUUACAGUGUUGCCAGUGGUGGGGCCGAUAAGCCGUACUUUGACGAUGUCAACUCGCGCAACGUAACGGCCAUCGUCGAGGACACGGCCGUGCUGCGGUGCCGCGUCAAACACAAGGGCGAUCGAACGGUGAGUUGGGGAAAUUUGAAUUCCGCAGGACAACGCUGCACGGACGGUAUUGUUCUUCUGCGCCAGUGUCCAGUGGGCUGAAAUCGAUUUAGAGUGACGGUUCGCGCUGGGAAAUUUUGCGCUGGGAAUGGU